GGCGAGCGCUCCGAGACUAGUCCCCCGGGCCCCGCGCCGGCUCGGGCGGGCAGGGGCGUGAUGUCACGGCAGGGAGGGGGCGCGGGAGCUGCCGGGCGGGCGGGAGGCGGGGGAGGUGUUUUCCAGCUUUAAAAAGGCCGGAGGCAGAGCGCGGCCCUGCGUCAGAGCGAGACUCAGACUCGGAACUCGCCGGCAGAGGCACAGCGCGGGUCGCAGCGGCCGGGCGCGGGCACAGGGGCGGGGGUGCACCUCUCCGGCCUCCGUCACUCGCUCAGGUCCCAGGGCGGCAGCCGGGCCUGCCACGCGCGCACACGCCCCUCAAUGACAUUUCCCCGGGGCGCGCGGCGCUGAGCCGGGCCGGGCGCGUGUCCGCCGGGCAGAGGUCCGGGUUCCCGGGGACCCAUCCCGGGUGGCCCACGGCGCGGGGCGCCAGCUCCUGCGCCUCCUGCUCCUCCUCAGGCGCUCCUCCUCCUCUGCCGCCGCCGCCGCGUGGAUGCCAAGUACCAGCUUUCCAGUCCCUUCCAAGUUUCCACUCGGCCCUCCGGCUGCAGCCUUCGGAAGCGGAGAAACUUUGGGGCCCGCGCCGCCCGCCGGCGGCACCAUGAAGUCGGCAGAGGAAGAGCACUACAGCUAUGCGCCCGCCAGCAUCGGCUCCGCCCUGCCGCUCCCCACGCCGCACCCCUCGCUGCCAGCCCCGUGCCACGACCUGCAGACCGCCACCGCGGGCCUCUCGGCCGUGCCAGCGAGUCACUCCGCGGGGUACGGGGCCGCCAUGGACGGCGCGUCCUCGGGGUACUUCCUGUCCGCCACCGGCAUCCGGCCGGACGGGGCCCCGGCCCUGGAGAGCCCCCGCAUCGAGAUCACCUCGUACCUGGGCCUGCACCACAGCAGCAGCCCGUUUUUCCACGACGUGGAGGUGGAGGAUGUGCUCCCCGGCGCCAAGCGGCCCACGGCCACGCUGAGCCUGCCCGGCCUGGAGGCCUACCGCGACCCCGCCUGCCUCAGCCCGGCCAGCAGCCUGUCCUCGCGCAGCUGCAACUCCGAGGCCUCCUCCUACGAGUCCAACUACUCGUUCCCCUGCACGUCCCCGCAGACGUCGCCCUGGCAGUCUCCCUGCGUGUCCCCCAAGACCACGGACCCCGAGGACGGCUUUCCCCGCGGGCUGGGGGCCUGCACCCUGCUGGGCUCCCCGCGGCACUCGCCCUGCCCCUCGCCGCGCGCCAGCGUCACGGAGGAGAGCUGGCUGGGCGCGCGGGGCGGCUCCCGGCCGGCGUCGCCCUGCAACAAGCGCAAGUACAGCCUCAACGGCCGGCAGGCGGCCUGCUCGCCCCACCACUCGCCCACGCCGUCCCGGCACGGCUCCCCCCGCGUCAGCGUGACCGACGACACCUGGCUGGGCAGCACCACGCAGUACACCAGCUCGGCCAUCGUGGCGGCCAUCAACGCGCUGACCACCGACGGCAGCCUGGACCUGGGCGACGGCGUCCCCGUCAAGUCCCGCAAGACCGGCCUGGAGCACUCGCCCUCCGUGGCGCUCAAGGUGGAGCCGGCCGGGGAGGACCUGGGCGCCGCCCCGCCCGCGCCCGACUUCGCGCCCGAGGACUUCUCCUUCCAGCACAUCCGCAAGGGCGCCUUCUGCGAGCAGUACCUGUCGGUGCCGCCGCACCCCUACCAGUGGGCGAAGCCCAAGUCCCUGGCGCCCCCCUCCUACGUGAGCCCGUCCCUGCCUGCCCUCGACUGGCAGCUGCCGUCGCACUCGGGCCCCUACGAGCUUCGGAUCGAGGUGCAGCCCAAGUCCCACCACAGAGCCCACUACGAGACGGAAGGCAGCCGGGGGGCCGUGAAGGCGUCGGCCGGAGGACACCCCGUCGUGCAGCUGCACGGCUACUUGGAGAACGAGCCGCUCACGCUCCAGCUGUUCAUCGGGACGGCAGACGACCGCCUGCUGCGGCCACACGCCUUCUACCAGGUGCACCGGAUCACGGGGAAGACGGUGUCCACCACCAGCCACGAGGCCGUGCUCUGCAGCACCAAAGUCCUGGAGAUCCCCCUGCUGCCGGAGAACAACAUGCGGGCCACCAUUGACUGUGCUGGAAUUCUGAAACUCAGAAACUCUGACAUUGAACUUCGUAAAGGAGAGACAGACAUCGGGAGGAAGAACACCAGAGUGAGGCUGGUUUUCCGGGUCCACAUCCCGCAGCCCAGCGGCAGGACGCUGUCUCUCCAAGUCGCCUCAAACCCAAUCGAGUGCUCCCAGCGCUCGGCCCAGGAACUGCCCCUGGUGGAGAAGCAGAGCGCGGACAGCUACCCGGUCACCGGCGGGAAGAAGAUGGUCCUGUCCGGCCACAACUUCCUGCAGGACUCCAAGGUCAUCUUCGUGGAGAAAGCUCCAGAUGGGCACCACGUCUGGGAGAUGGAAGCCAAGACCGACCGAGACCUGUGCAAGCCGAAUUCUCUGGUGGUUGAGAUCCCGCCUUUCCGCAAUCAGAGGAUCACCAGCCCCGUGCAAGUCAGUUUCUACGUCUGCAACGGGAAGCGGAAGAGAAGCCAACACCAGCACUUCACCUACCUUCCUGCCAACGUUCCCGUUAUAAAAACAGAGCCAUCUGACGAUUACGAGCCCGCUGCCGCCUGCGGACCAGCGAGCCAGGGGUUAAGUCCCCUCCAGCGAACCUACUAUGGCCAGCAGCUUGCAGCGCCAUCAGACCCCGGCUCCUGCCUCUUGGCUGGGUUCCCACUCUGCCCACAGAGAAGCACCAUGAUGCCCACGCCUCACAGCUCGAGCCCGAAGCUCCACGACCUUUCUUCCGCUGCCUACACCAAGGGUAUCGCCAGCCCCACCCACUGUCACCUGGGACUUGGGCAGCCGGCCGGAGAGGUCCCCGCCGUUCAGGACGUGCCAAGACCUACGGCCCUGCACCCAGGCGCGCCCGAGCAGCCACCUCCCACCAUGCUGCCGCCGCAGCCCUGCAGCCCGCCACACCUGCCCGCGAUGGGCCGCCUGCAGCACCCACCACUGAAGGCUCAAAGGAACGCUUCUCCAUCCGCCCGGCCACCGUCCCUACCAGAGGUGCGUGAGGACAGUGGUCGUAACUUGGCCCUUAUUCCUGUAACGGUCAAGCGAGAACCCGAGGAGUUGGACCAGUUGUACCUGGAUGAUGUAAACGAGAUAAUACGGAACGACCUCUCCGGCAGGAACACCCAUUCGUAGCUGCCGCGCUGGAGCCCGCAAGGUUCUAUGCAGAAGUUGAGCUUCAGCAGAGACUUUUGACUGAAAAAACAGAACACACACCUGGCGCCACUCAGAGCUUCCAACGUACUGAACGCAGGGGCCGAGGCUCGCGACUAUAUGUCCAGAGCAGUCGCUCUCUGCUGAGAGGACGGAGGCGGCGGAAGACCAUGGCAUCUCCCAAAGGAAAAGUCAUCUCAAGACGCCGGCGGGCGGCCGGAGGGGCGAGUGCCUUUCCCGGACGCGCCGACACACGGUCUGACCCGGAGCCACCCUCCUGGCACCCCUGGAGUUCAACACUGGAAGUGCCUUAUUUAACCAGCCAUCAGGGCUUCGUGGAACCGCGCACUGAACUUGCUACCGCGAGAGUGUUUGUAGGAGCAGAAGCUGUCGGAACAUUUUUAUUGCGAAUUGUUGUCCGUUGUAUGAACUUAGAGCAUACUGUCAAGCUAAGGGUUGUCAGAGAAAACCUAAUAGGAGUUUCUUCCCUUUUUCAACUUUUCCUGUGCUGUAACAUACAAUGUUGCACCUUACCCAGUGCACUUGGGAAAUCUUCCCACCUGUCAUCUCAGCUCUCUCAUAAUACACCUUUUCCUAAGACUGGGAUUGUUAAUAGUAAAAGCAUGCUAGGAUCUUUA